AUGUUCGAUCUUCCCCUGAAUACCGCGUCGGGGCCCGCGGUCUUGCGCAUCGGACUGCCCCCCGCGUCGCUGCUCAAAUUCCCCCCGGACGAACUCCCGGCGCCGUUGCCCGCGCCGCUCAUUGACGAACCCACCUGGGACCAGCCCUUCAACAUCCCUCCCGAUCUCUACGCCCAGCUGCUCGAUGUGCGCGUCCCCAUCACCAUCGCCAGUGUCUACGCCGUCUCCGUUGUCUUGCUCAAUCGCGUCAACAAGAGCCGCGGCUACAAGCCCUGGGCCUUCAGCCAGACCCGCCUCUUUAAGAUUUUCGUCAUCCUCCACAAUGUCUUCCUUGCCAUCUACUCCGCCUGGACCUGCGCCGGCAUGGUGAAAGCUUUCCGCAACUCAUGGCCCGAUCGGGACGACCCCAACGGUCUCAUUGGUGUAACCGACGCCCUCUGCAAGAUUAAUGGCCCGCGCGGGUACGGAAACGCCGCCACGUACGACCCCCUGGUUGACCAAUGGGUCAUCCGCGCCCCCGAGUUCAAGCUGACCGAGGCGGGCCUGCCGGAUCCCAGCGACGUCGGUCGCAUGUGGAACCAGGGUCUCGCCUACCUGGGAUGGAUCUUCUACCUCUCCAAGUUCUACGAGGUGCUGGACACGGCCAUCAUUCUGGCCAAGGGCAAGAAGAGUUCCACCCUGCAGACCUACCACCAUGCCGGCGCCAUGAUGUGCAUGUGGGCCGGCAUCCGCUACAUCGCGCCCCCCAUCUGGAUCUUCACCCUGGUCAACUCGGGCAUUCACGCCAUGAUGUACACGUACUACACCCUCACCGCUGUGCACAUCCGCGUUCCCACCGUAAUCAAGCGCUCCUUGACCUCCAUGCAGAUUACGCAGUUCCUCGUGGGCACCACCAUGGCCGCUUCCUACCUGUUCGUUUACUACACUCUCCCCGCCAGUCAGGCCACCCCUGCUCCCUCGGCCAACGUCGCGGCCGCCACCGCUUCGGCGGGCGUGGAAUCGUGGUUGAAGAAGUUCGGCUUCCGCGCCGCGGGAGCUGAGGGCAUCGCGGAAAAUGUGGGAGCUCCGUCCGGCAGCGUCGGCUCCGCCCAGCCCCCGCGCGUCGGUCCCAUGGUGACGUGCAUGGACACCUCGGGCGAGGGCUUUGCCAUCUGGCUCAACGUUAGCUACCUCCUGCCCCUGACCUACCUCUUUGUGCGCUUUUUCGUCCGCUCGUACCUGUACCGCAAGGACCCUGGCCCCCAGAAGCCGACUCACAUGCAUGCCGCCGAGAAGGCCGGACUGGAUGCCCUGAAGGGAGUGAGCCGGGAAAUCCAAAAGUCCGUCGAGGUGAAUGGGGAGACCAGUGAGGCGACCGAGGACGAAGCCCAGAGCAAGUCCAAGCCCAGCCGGUCGGCCGCCAAGAAAGCCCAGCAGGCCCCCGUCGAGAACUCGCCUAUCCGCACCCGCGCCGCGUCCAAGCAGAAGUCCCGUGCGGCCACCAGCGAGCCCGAAUCGGACCAGGGUUUCUCUCCCGUCUCGUCGAAGAAGGGCGCCAAGAAGGCUACCAAGGACGACUUUGCCAGCUCGGCUAAUCCCCCCAGUGCGAAGAGCAAGAACCCGUUCGGCGUUCUGGAUAGCACUGCCUAA